GCGCUGAGGAGAGCCCUGCCUGAAAUGGCGGCGGGCAGAGCGGGGUGUGUGAGGCGGAACGCGGCCUACGUCGGCUGCCCCGGCCCGGGGGCACCGGGAAGAGACGCGGCCGGGACUGGAGGAGUGCUGCGGGGGGAGCUGAGAGAGGAACCCCGCGGAAUUGCGCUGUGGAGGUGAGCGCCGUGAAGGCCGGGAGGCGGCCCACAGAACGGAGCCCGGCGGGACGGGCCGUGAGGCUGGGGCGGAGCGGGGCUCGGCGUGCCCGGCACCUAUAGCAACGGCGGCCUCAAACACCGCCGGAGCGUCCCCGAGCAGGUCGGUGCGGGCGGCACGGAGGAGGGAGGGCCGUUGAGCCGGGCCGGGCUGACGGGCACGGGUGUUUUGCAGGAGCCCGAUGGCGGCUGCCGGAGCCUUCGCCUGUCCCCGCUGCCGCAUGGCCUUCGGCUCCCGGGCGCUGCUAAGGGCGCACUGCGAGCGGCUCUGCCUCGGGGCCCCGGCGGGCGGCGGGCCUGGGGGGGAGCCGGGAAGGACGGGGGGACUGCGGGACCCGUCGGUAGUGUGGGGCCGGGGGUGGGCGCCGGGCUGGGACGUGUCCGCGGGCGAGGACGUGGGCGUUCUCAGCAACCGCAGCUCCUCCGAGAGCACCCGUGGUGCCUAUCCUGUCCGUUUGUUGUUGAGCAGUUUCCUGCCCUCCCAUCCCAUUUGCCUCUUCAAGGUCACGAUGUCCCAGCACGAGGAUCGCCCCAAGCGACGCCCUCUGCUCCUGCUCUCUGGGCUCCCUCGGUCCUCUCUGGGACGUGAGGGCCCGGGGCGAGCCCGUGGGGCACCCCUGGGUGAUGUUCUCACGCCCCGCGAGCGGGCGCUGCUCCGGGGCCCUGCUGCCAGCCGGCCAGCAGAGAGGGGAGAGCCCAGCCCACCACGAGGGGACCCGUGGGAACCGGAGCUGCUGGAGGCCCAUCAGCGCCACGUGGCUGAAAUCCGGGCCAGGACCCAACAGCUAGAGCAGCAGAGAGAGCAGCUGUGCCAGCGCCUGGCAUUGCUGUGCAACAACCGUCUGUCACCAGAAAUGAGCUGGGCUGCGGAGGUGCUGUCAGACAAAGCUGGACACCAGCACCGAGGGGCUGCUCUCCACCUUGACACCCUCCUGCUGCCCUCCGGGUCACUGGCAGCUGAGGCCAGGGCACUGCGGCUCUCCUACCUGCGUGCUGGUGGCCAUGACGAGGCCACCCUGGCACAGCUGCUAGACCUCCAGCUGGAGGCCACAGCGCUGGAGAAAAGGGCUGCACAGAAGAUGAGUAAGCACCAGCCCCAGCACAGAGCCCAGGGACAGGACCGAACUGCUAUUGAGGCAGCACAGGGCCUCGAUGCGGCGCUGAUGGCUGUGGAGCUGGAGAACCAGCGGCUCGAGGAUGAGCUUCUGGCAUUGAAGGUCCGGAGGGAGAUGCGAGCUGAUGUCGGAUCGCUGGCAGCCCGGCAUUAUGCAGAGGACCUGGCUCAGCUGCAGGCAAAGGUGGAGAUGCUGCUGCGACACCAGGCAGAGGGGAUGGGGCCGCGCCUGCCCCCUGCCGUCUUCCCACCGCCUGUGGCCCCUCCACUGCCCCCAGCCUUAGCUCUGGCGGAGCCACCAAGGCCAACCCUGAGGAUAGGCAGCCCCACAGCUUCCAGCCGCCCACUUGCACCCUCUAGCCUCCCCAGCAUCGCCUUUGGAGCCCUGGAUGACCCCCCUCCUCCUACUCAGGAGGCACCAGCUCUGCACAAACGCCCCCAGAGACACUUCUCAAGGUACAUCUAGGAAAAGCCUCAUAGGAGGCAUUCAUGGCUCAAACCAGGGAGCAGCAAAAUCCAUGGCAAGAUUUCCUCUACCAUCUUUGGGCCCAUGUGGGGGGUAUAUAAUAAAUGGCUUCUACCUGUA